GUGAAAGCUCUUCGUCAGGGUUUUGUUGCCCUGUUCUUGCCUUUGAGCCGCCGCUCCUGUGCACUCUCGCUCGUUGGUGCAGACGACGGACUUAGCAGGAGGAACGCUCCCCUCCCUUUCCCCCCGCCCCGGCUUUUUGUCUUUUGGCCGCUGUUGACGUGGAGCUCCGGGUGCUUUGUUGUUUUGCGCGGCUGAGCACAGUCCUGCCGGGGCGGCGUUUGCGGUCGUAGGCCUGGGCCAUUCAAGGAAAAGCCGACGCGAUGAAAGUUGAUGCAAAAAGGCUCUGGAAGCACAUGGAAAAAAAUAAAGUAGACAAUAUAUUUGGGUGUAUGCAUAAGGCACUGUUGUCUUUGCAGCAGAAGAUCGAAGAUGGAACUGCAACAAGUGAAGAAUGCAACCAAGCUUUGGCACUUGUGAAUCAGCUGGGUAUGACUGACCUCUUACCCCUGGCGCAUGUUAAAGAAGAUAAGCAUAUAUGCCAUCUGGAUUUACCUCAGUCUUCUCCGGGGAAAAUUACAGAAGAUGCUGGAGAUGAUUUUUCUUUUCUGGAAAUUGAAAUUGAUGAGGGAAUGGAUUUAAGAACUGAAGGAGAAUCUGCAGAGGCAUCUUCCAAGUUCUACCAGGAUCAUGUCUGUUCUAAGAAAUGUCUUUCCAAAAGACCAUGGGAUUCCUACAAAGGGGAAAACCCUUUGAAGUUGCCAAUGCUGUGUCACUUCCAGAGAUGGCAUGCCAAAGCAGACUCUGGCUCAAAAUCACACGAUGUGCUAUACAAAGCUCCUUGUGGAAAGAGCUUGAGAAAUUUCAAAGACGUGCAGAAUUACUUAUUUCAAACAGAAUGCAGCUUUUUAUUUUUAGAUCACUUUUCUUUCAAUACCUACGUGCAGGUAUUCAGAAGCAGUUCUAGUCCCCAGGCAUUUGUCAUUGAUCCAGAUAUCAGCCAAGGGGCAGAGACUGUACCAGUAUCAUUCUGUAAUGAUAUCAACCAUGAUCGACUGCCUUGCUUUAAAUACCGGAAGACCUCUUGGCCCCAUGGAUACUUCUUGAACAACUUCUCCAGCAGUUUUCUUGACUCCUGCAACUGUACCGAUGGCUGCAUUGACAGGACAAAAUGUACGUGCCUGCUUCUUACAAAAAGAGCCGUCUUGAAAGCUUCUAUGUCUCCAAGAAAUGGACCAUCUUACGGUUAUACUUACAAAAGGCUGGAGGAACCUAUUUCCAGUGGAGUUUAUGAAUGCAGCUUCCUCUGCAGCUGUGACAAGAACUUGUGCCAGAACAGAUUGGUACAGCACGGUCUUCAAGUUCGCUUACAAGUCUUUAGCACUGAAAAGAAGGGCUGGGGAGUUCGCUGUCUUGAUGACAUUGACAAGGGAACAUUUGUUUGUACCUAUGCAGGGAAAUUGAUGUCCAGAGUUGAACAUUACCAGGGUAAAAAUAGUGGCGAAAUUGAAGAAGUUACCAAGAAUACCAACCAGAGUUUAUUUUCAAGAAAGAGAAAACUGAGUACAGUCUGUUCUGAUUCAGAGAAUGAACUUACUCAGGACAUUGGAAGACAACAAUCUUUACAUCUGGAUGCUGAAGGUCAACCAAAUCGAAUUCAGAACUACACUUCAUACAAGAAUUGGAAUGUACAAACUAUUGCAAGACCUAAAACUAAAACAUCCCUUCUUCAAAGACAACGACAAGAACUAGGAAUUACUGAUGCCAGCUCUGAUGAAGAUGAGAGUUCUUUGUGUCAGAUGUCAGGAACAAGAAGAAUAACUUCAGCAACCAAAAAAGGAGAUGAACAAUCAGGCCUGCAAGGAGAAUUUGAGAAUUUGGUAAACACCAUAAAUUCUGAAGCUAAUACUGAUUGCCAUAAAGAGAAUCUCCUUUCUGAUGCUGUAUUGAAAAAUAAACUGCCUGUGGAAGAUGACAAAGAAGUGAAAAAACAACAUAAAGACAUACUUGAAUCAGACAACACAAUAAAGCGAAAAACUCAGAGAAACAGACAGGAACUAGCUUGUACGAAGGAGGCAACAGAAAUUGAGACAUGCCCAAAGAAUGAAGAAAAUCCUUGUUUGCUGGAUGCCACAAGGGAAGGCAAUGUAGGCAGGUUUCUUAAUCAUAGCUGCUCUCCUAAUCUCUUCGUACAAAGUGUAUUUGUAGAGACUCACAACAGAAAUUUCCCCUGGGUGGCAUUCUUCACAAAGAGACAUGUAAAAGCUGGAACUGAACUUACAUGGGAUUAUGGUUAUAAAGCUGGAAGUAUGCCUGAGACAGAGACUACCUGCCAGUGUGGGAGUCUGAAGUGUCGGAAAAAAAUCUUGUGCCUGUCACAUAGAAGCGAAAGAAGGCAGGGCCUGCGGCUGGGAGCGUUUCCCCUCCGAAGCAGCGCUUCUCCGGAGCGAGGGUGCGGACCCUCCUGCCGGGAUCGCCGUGCAAGCGGAGAGGCCUCCCCAAGAGCUGCUGUCCCCCGGCCACCUGCGAGGUCGCCGCUUCUCUUGCUUCGGGUCUCUCAGCUAACGGUGACUUCAGUAAUGACAGCGAUGACAAGAAGGAAGUGUGCAUUUUGUCCAGAUAAUGAACCGUGUGCAAUUAUGUACAUUGCUGAAGAACGGAAUCUUGCAGUUCAUCAGAACUGUUUGUUAUUUUCUUCAGGAUUUAUGGAAGUGGGAGAAGAGGACCCUGAGGAUCUUGAUAAAAGGUUUGAUGUGGCUUCAGUAGAGAAAGAAAUAAAGAGAGGAAAGCGGCUGGUGUGCAAUGUCUGUCGCAAGAAGGGGGCAACCAUUGGCUGCGAGGUCAACAACUGCCGCAAAAGUUUCCAUUAUUUUUGUGCCUUGAGAGGUGAUGCUUCAAUGGAAACAGAUGAAGAUCAAGGCCACUACCGCCUGUUCUGCCCAAGCCACAUUCAAGCAAAGAGAUCCCGUCUUUAUGAUGAAAACAAUGAGACGGCAAUGCCCCUGGUCCUAACAGAAUCCUCUUCCACUACUACCAAAAUGAAUGGUGAGACAGUUGGGGAAGAGAACAUGGAAGUCAUCAGUGAAAAAGGCGACCAACCCAAAGAAAGGAUAGAGUUUUUAAAGAAGUGUAAGCAGGCUGGGCUUCUGAAUGAAAUAUUUGAGAAAAUGUUGAAUACUCUUUGCCUGGCACAGGAAAAGCUGAUGGAUGACAAUACUUCAGAAGCAGAGUAUGAAAAAACAGUGAUAUCACUUUUUGAUUGUGGUCUCUUUGAAAAUAUUCGUAGAGCAGCUCAUUCAGGAACAAAGGGAAAAAUUCAGGAACUAAUGAAUACCCGGAUCGGUUUGGAUACUCAGAUUGGAUUUUUAAAAGAAAUAGUAUUUCCUAUCUCAGAAGACAAUACCUCAAGUAGUAUGUCUUGAGUAACCCACCAUCUUUAAAAUGUUCACUGAUUUUUUUUCCAGAUCACUUUGGUAUAACACAUUUUACAUGUGGGUAACUGCUGUUUUUCCAUUUUUACAGUUGAGACCUUUUUGAUCUAGCCAAUGUUUUACCAUUAGUUUUAAAUUAGAAUGUAUAUGUCAGAUCCGUGAAUCUGCCAUUCUUCAGGGGAAAGGGGGGAAUCCUACCUGCAUUAUUUACUUUAUUGCUUUCUUCCUCUUGUAUCCUAUUUCCUGCAUGCUAUUGAUUUAUAACCCUUUGCCUGGUGCCUAGGCGCCCUGGAAUUUUCGCACCUUUUGGGGAAUGUAAGGGGACGGAGGGCCAUGUGGGUUGCAUCACCUGAAAGCUGGCAGAUGAUGACCCUGAGAAACUUCCCUUAUUUCAUUCUCAGAGCGGCUGGUACAAUAACAUCUUCACACCUGCGGAUUGGCUGAAUUCACAUUGGACUGUUGGGAGGGGUUCCUAAUUUCUUUUAUUCUACUAUAUUGCCUGAGGGAACUCAGAGCCUGCUUUGAUUUCGUCCUGCUGUCACCCCUGUUCAAUAAAAGAUUCUUUUUGAAA